GCCUGCUGCCCCCCGCUGUCCCGGCCGGGACCCUCCUGCUCUGAGCUGGGCGCGGGCAGCGGGACCUUGUUGUCCGCACCUGGAGCGCAGCAAAGUUUCUCUCGGGUUUCCUCCUCGCUGCGGGCAGCCGGAGUCAGCAUGACAGCCAUAGCGGUGCAGGCACAGAGGUUGCUUGCUCACAGAAGACCCAAGAAAUCGUUCUUUGAGACAUUGAUCAGAAGCCUCAUUAUUUUAUGCGUGGCAAUAGCAGUGGUCCUGUCAUCAAUUUCAGUUUGCGAUGGCCACUGGCUUUUUGCAAAAGGAAAGCUGUUCGGACUGUGGCACUUCUGCACCUUAGGCAACAGCAGCACUUCAUUAAAAUGCGUCACUGAUCUUAAUCAGGCCAAUGUGGAGGGGAUGAAUUUUGGAAUGGUUCUUGCAAGAAGCGUGGUGUCUCUUGCUGUAGUUGUAGCGAUAUUUGGCCUGGAACUUCUGAUGGUCUCCCAAGUCUGCGAAGACACUAAUUCAAGACGAAAAUGGUCAAUGGGAUCAGUCCUUAUUUUUCUCUCAUUUCUCCUGUCAUCCAGUGGAGUGCUGACCUUUUUAAUCCUCCUGAAGGAUCACAUUACUUUCCUGGGCUUCACACUGACCUUUUGGUGCGAGUUCAUUUCUGCCUGCCUUUUCUUCCUUAAUGGAAUGAGUGGACUUCACAUUAACAACAUAACGUACCCCUGGAACAGAGCAAGAAAAUUCUAGAACUGGUGGGUGGAUUCUGCUUUUGUGUGACCAACUUUGUCAGUUAGACUGGAAAAAAAAAUCAGUCACAUGAAAUUUGGGGAAAAAAAAUCCAGGCUUUUAAAUUGAUUUGCAAAGAGAAAAUAUUUGAGUCAGUCUGAGAAUUUCAUGGAUGUACGCAAAGUUCACUGAAGAUGACUGCAGGAUAUUAGUAAGGGGGCAAAUUAAGAUUUAUUAUAUGUUUAAAUGAAAUUUUCUGCAGUAGUUGUGGAUAACAAAAUUAGGAACAAGUCCUAUUUUGUUUUAAAAUCAAUUAUUUUAUUUUAUUUUAUUUUAAGUGUUUUAUGGACAAAAGACCUAAAAGUUGCAAUCUGCAUCAAUAGUUUUAAAGUACAGGGGUAAGAAAUUGUGUGGUGCUUCUGGGUUUGGUAUUUCCUUUUCUACCCCUAUCUUCAGUUGCUCUUCUUGAGGAUGUGAGGAGGAAUGCACCGCCAGCAUGUUCAGUCCUGCUGAUGGAGUUUCAUUUCAGAUAGGGCAGACUAUUUAUGCCUUGUCACAUUUAUGAGCAUGGCAUAUUGAAAAUCUUUAUCAGGGUUUCACGCCCCAUCAUUCUCUUCACAAGACACAAGUGAAACAGAUCUGAACCAAUGCUAAAUAAUUCAUGUUUUCCAACUAUCACUCAAGGCCCCUAUAACUAACUAUCCCUUCCAUAUUUAUUAGAGGUUCGUGGUAUAUACAUCCGCUGUGGUGGGAGAUAGGGCAACAGUCUCAUUUUGUUUCCAGCCCUUAGCAGUGCAGAGGGAUUGGAUUGUGGCUAUACAUGACCAGGGGACAAUUCUUUGAGGAAAAGGAAACUAUCCAGUGGCCUAAAGUCAGCAGCCCCUGCUACUGCACCAGCCAUUCUGUCCCAGCCUCUGCUUGUGUAAACACUCAUGGGAUACUUCAGUAAAUGACAGUGCAAACUAGGACUCAGAAUCAGGGAGCUGUAAUAGGCUCCCUGUUAUCCCCCGAGAGGAUAUUUUGGCCCAUAGGGUUAAUUAAAGUUGGACCUUACUAUUAAUUCAUUUGCCCGUUUUCCUUUCACUUUGUUCCUUGGACAAACAGGCCUGAGAGUAUUAAGUUAGCUAAUGUGAUUUCCUCCACCACAGUGAGCCUUCAUCCCUGCCUUUCACCAUGCACAGCCAGAAUUAUUCCAGUCACACCAUACUAGUAAUUCCCAGUGCAUCAAUAGAGGCUCUUCUGUGAUGAAAGAAAAAAGAUCUGUAGACCUGAAAAUUUGGACAGAAUGCUUUCUCCUUGUGAUUUAAAAUGAGGAAACAUACCAACAUAAACUUCCCCCAACACAAUGUGAGCUGAGUCUGCAUUUACUGAGUGUCACUGAAACUGCUGGUGUCAUGGAGAGCAGAGUGCCAGACCUAAGAUCUCGAAUGAAAAAGAUGCAUAAAGUUCAUGACAGCUUUAAAAACCCUGCAAGUUGUUAAUGUAGUAAAAUUAGUCAAGCUGUCGACAGUCUAGUCAAGUUCCUGCAUGGCUGGCAGAAGCAGAAUACAAGCAUCUGAAUUUAGUGCUUGGAGCAUGGCUCCAAAGUCUUUUCAAUAUCCUUCCUGUUCCAAGCGCAAUAAACCACUGACAACGGAUUAAAACAUUUAGAAAAUAUUUCACAGUGUCUGAUAAAAUCUAUUCUAUGUCUUCUGGAAAGAUUUUUUUAUUUCUAUAAAGACAUAUUUAAACAUACUCCUUCUUUGUAGUUUUAUUAGAAUCAAUAACUCUAGACCAAGCCAUUAAUUUACAGUACUGCACCAGUUUCUAAAAUAUACUCUAACACCAAUACAAACACAGAGGCUAAGUCUACACUGCAGAGUUUUUGCGCAAAAACUCACGGAAUGUCCAUACUACAAGUGUGUUUUGCGCAAGAAAAAGUACAGCAGAUCAUCAGAAGACAGGGUUUUUGUGCAAGGGUUAUUCCUCUUUCUACUAGGAAUAAGCCUUUUUGUGCAAGAGCACUUGCGCAAAAAGGUGUGUGUGGACGGACAACAGGGGUUCCUUGUGCAAGAAACCCCUAUCGGAAAAAGCACAGGUGCUCUGACGGCUAGUCUGUGAACGCUCUCUUGUGCAAAAGCACAUCUCUUGCGCCAGAUGCCUGCAGUGUAGACUUAGCCACAGUGAAUAUAGUUUGUAGAAUAAAUGUAGUAGAGUGAAAAUGCUACUUGCGCAAGCCAUGAUUAAAUGUCAUUGUUUGUGCAAAUCUGUUCUCUAAAGCCAAGAAUCAUAAGCAUUGCUACAUAUACUUUGCAAUCUUGUAGAAUGCUCUUAAACUGACUGCUCAUUUUCUACCUAGGAGAUAUUCUCAUACUUUUCUCUUUGAGAGAUGUUGUAACUUUCACAGAAUAAACUUUUAAACCUUUUUGUAUUCCUCAUCAACACAGUCUGAGUGAGUUUUCAGUCUAGAUCUAGAUAUGUACAGGCAGUCCCCGGGUUACAUGGAUCCGACUUACAGCGGAUCCCUACAUACAAACGGGGUGAGGCAACCCCGCACUAGCUUUUUCCCCCCAGCAGACCAGUGAGACGCGAAGCUAGCGCCGCCCCCCCAGCAGACCAGGGAGACGCGGAGCGGCUUUUCUCAGCAGACACCUCAGCUUGAGAAUAAAGGACUGAGGGAAGUGAGGUGUAGGAGAAUAAAACUGAGCUCUGGAGAAAUGUUUGGCUAGAGUUUCCCCUACAAUAUGUACCAGUUCCGACUUACAUACAAAUUCAACUUAAGAACAAACCUACAGUCCCUAUCUUGUACGUAACCCGGGGACUGCCUGUAUGUCUUAUCCUGGUAAACAUUCAUUGUACCCUACCAUCCUAGUUUGUACAGUAUGUCUUCCUGAUAGAAUAAUGCACUAAGCUACGUUACCUAGAGUAACAACUGAAUUUUAUCUUUUGCAAUAUUGGGUCUCUUCCUGUAUUCCCUAUGCACCUAAAACUCCUGUUGCCUUCAGUAGGAAUUUGGGAUGCACAAGGAAUACUUGAUCAUGCACCUUGAAUCUUCCUAUGAAAUGUUCCACUGUGAUCCUCGCUCUCUCUCUUAUUUAAAUAAGGUUCUUUUGCUUCACUGAAAUGCACUGGUUAACUAGAAGCUGAACUUGCAACCAUUUAAUUAAUGGGAAGAGUCCCAUUGAUUUCAGAUUUCAUGUUUUAUGAGCAAGAAUUUGCAGGCCCAAGCCUCAGAUUGUUGCACAUUGAUUAUACCAACUGUGUCGGUCUAUGGAGUGAGUGCCUUAACAAUAGUUUAAGUAGUGCUUCUGUGUGGGGCUACAAACACAGAGUAUCUCUGAGCAGGAUAAACCUGGGGAUGGAGCACUUGCAUGAGAUUAAUGGCCAGUGUAUUUAGGGUUUUUUGGAGGCACAAUGUUUGAUGAAAUUACAUUCCUUUUUUUGGUAACUCCAUAGCAAUGGAAAUAAACAGUGUAUGCAAUUCUCAAGGCCAGCCUUAACAUCAGCAAGAGUUAAAUCCAAGGUGCUCCAGUCUUGCUUCUUUUGGAAGGGGGAGGAGGGGAAACUGAACCAUGAGUUGUAUAUCCCCAUUAUCCACAGGAAAAAUCAGAGAAUGAGUUAGAGAGUCCACAUGGGACACAAAACAGUUGCUUAUGCUUUAGGAUGAUCCAGCAUGUACAUUUUUAUGAAUAUAUGAGAAGAUCUUUUUUUUAAAAAGCCCCCUACUGAAAGAAUUGUGCAAAAUUUCCUUCUAUAGCUGGCUUUCUCUAGCAAAUUAUUGUGCUUGAUUAUUACAUUGUGAUUUCCAGGUGUAUUUUGUUAGCAAAUGCUGCAGUUGGAAUGCUGCAGUAGAUAAUACUACUGUUGAUUUUUCUUAGGCUAUUGCAUCUAAUAAAUGCCUGUAGAUACAGUGGUUUGUACCUUUUCUAAAGACUAAGACAAAAAAAGUUGGUAAGUCAAUAUUCCUGAAGUAAAUGAUGUUAAAUAAACUACUUUGAAAUAAGA